UGGUGCGCUACUGAGACUUUAUCCUCCCCUGAGAGUAAAAGUGGGAGGUAAAGAGACUUUCCGCUGCGUAAAGCCGGCUCGACCCGGAAACAAAAUCUUUGAAAAAACUAUUGACACUGCAGGGGCGGGAGGAAUUGAUGGGUCGCGAAGCCAGGGCGGCUUUGCAGGUUGCUAAGCGACGAGAUUGGAGAAAGAUCGCAAGCACAAGCGGCUAGGGAGUAAUUGAGGAAACCGUGGCGCCUCAGCUCCGAGACGGAGGGGAUAGAGCGCGCCGGGUCCUCCCCAAUUCCUUCUCCUAGCCAGUGGACCCUCGCCCCGGUAGUGUCUGGUGACGAAGUGAGGGGUUUGUGAGGACGCCCCUCAGAGGCUGUCGAAGGCCGCGCAUCUUCCACACUCCAGAGGCAGGACAGAGAUUCCUUCUGCAAUCAGAUGUCUUUCUGCCUGACUGAACUGCACCUGUGGUCUUUGAAGAAUACCUUACACAUUGGGGAUAGGGACAUUGGGAUUUAUCAGUAUUAUGACAAGAAGGAGCCACCAGAGCAUGGUAACUUAGAAGAAAAGCAGAAGCUGGCAGAGUCACGAGAUUUUCCAUGGACGCUCAAAAACAGACGUCCAGAAAAACUUCGAGACUCACUGAAGGAGUUGGAGGAGCUGAUGCAAAACAGUCAGUGUGUGCUGAGCAAAUGGAAGAGCAAAUAUGUCUGUCAGCUCCUUUUUGGUUCAGGUGUACUGGUGUCCCUAAGCCUUUCCGGGCCACAGCUGGAGAAAGUGGUGAUUGACAGAAGCCUGGUGGGGAAGCUCAUCUCAGACACCAUCAGUGAUGCUCUUUUCACAGACAGCUUUAUCAUCUUAUCAUUUUUGGCGCAAAACAAACUCUGUUUUAUUCAGUUUACCAAGAAGAUGGGUUCUCCUGAUAUAAACAAAAGACUGGAAAAACUCUCAGCCUUGGAUUAUAAGAUUUCCUAUUAUGAAAUACCUGGCCCAGUAAAUAGGACAACACAGCGUCAUCUAGCUAUCAAUUGUGUUCAGGAUAGAGUUGUUUGCUGGUGGCCACUGGUCAGUGAUGAUGCUUGGCCUUGGGCCCCCGUUUCUUCUGAGAAGGACAGAGCCAAUCUGCUGCUCCUGGGUUAUGCUCAGGGAAGACUGGAGGUUCUGAGUUCUGUCCGCACAGAAUGGGAUCCUCUGGAUGUUUGCUUUGGCACCAAGCAGCCUUACCAGGUGUUGACAGUGGAAUGCUCCAGCAGUGUAGACAAAGAGCCUAUGGCUGACAGCUGCAUCUAUGAAUGUGUUCGGAAUAAAAUCCAGUGUGUAUCAGUCACCAGAAUACCACUAAGAUCGAAGGCCAUUAGCUGUUGCAGGAAUGUUACUGAAGACAAACUGGUUUUAGGCUGUGAAGAUUCUUCAGUAAUUCUUUAUGAAACUCACCGUAGAGUGACUUUCUUAGCUCAGGCUGAACUUCUACCUUCGUUAAUGAGCUGCCACCCAAGUGGUGCCAUUCUGCUAGUUGGCAGUAACCAAGGGGAGCUACAAAUUUUUGAUAUGGCUCUUUCUCCUAUUAGCAUCCAGCUUUUGGCUGAAGACCGCUCACCUAAGGAGACUCUGCAGUUUAAAAAAUUCUUUGAUGUUUCUAGCAGUCUUGUUCAAAUGCAGUGGAUAGCUCCACAGGUUGUUUCUAAGAAGCCCGAAAGUGGGGACAUCUAUAAUCUUCUCUUCCUCAGGUUUGACAGAGGACCUUUAGGUGUACUUUUGUUUAAACUUGGUAUCUUCACACAAGGACAGCUGGGCCUGCUAGACGUUAUCUUCCAGUACAUUCACUGUGAUGAGAUCUGUGAGGCAAUAAACAUCCUGAGUAGUAUGAACUGGGACACUCUGGGCUACCAGUGCUUUAUCAGCAUGAGUGCCAUCAUAAACCAUCUUCUUAGACAAAAGCUCACUCCAGAAAGAGAAGCACAGCUUGAGGCAAGCCUUGGAACCUUCUAUGCUCCAACAAGACCACUCCUGGAUACAACUAUAUUGGAAUAUAGAGACCAGGUCAGCAAAUAUGCAAGGAGAUUCUUCCACCACUUGCUCAGGUAUCAGAGAUUUGAAAAGGCAUUUCUGUUAGCUGUUGACAUUGGUGCUCGUGACCUGUUUAUGGACAUCCAUUACCUUGCACUAGACAAGGGUGAAUUGGCACUAGCUGAAGUGGCAAGAAAGAGAGCAAGUGACAUUGAUGCAGAAUCAAUAACAUCUGGAGUUGCCCAAAGGAGCACUUGUCAGCUUCUCUCUAACACCACCAUCAGAGAUCCCAGUCUUUAAGAUGAUACUGAAGGACUCAAAGCCAUACUACCAGAGUAUCUCUAAACCUGAAAAUCAAAGCUGACAGUUGUUUACCAUAAAUAUGAUUUCAUUCUCCCUCCCCAACCCUGAAAGAGUUCCAAAAGAUAAAGCCCCAAAGAUACAUAAACCACUUCUAAAUCUUCCUUCCUAAAAGAUAAGGGAUAUUGAGUAUUGAUACAAUAUUAGAUAAGAAUAACUUCAGUUGACCUAUCACUGUAUCUUGUUACCUGCUAACAAUAGUGAUAUGCAUCAUAAUUAUAACAAUAAUAGUUAAUAUUUACUGAAUGCUACUCGGCUAAGCAGUAUUCUAAGUUAUGUAUAUUAACUAACAAUCCUCACCAUAAUUCUUUGUAGUAGGUACAAUUUAUAUUUGUGAAAAGUCACUUAUAACUAGGUGAUGAAACCAUAUGAUAUUAAUAGGAAUUAUGAUGUUAUGUCAUGGGGAUACAAAUAUUGUCCAUCUCUAUGCCUCCUGCCAUUGAGGAAACACAGCAGGAGGAUAAUUCAAGGCAAAUUUGAUGGGAAUUUUCCUUAGUUGUCAUGUACCCUGCCUUUUCCUCUAGGGUGUCAUAUUUAAUAGAGGCAAUUUUUGCAUUUUAAAGCUAUUUAAAGUUACUAAAAGUGAAAAUAAAUAUGAAGAGAUUGCCAUGAAAUUUAGAAAAAGGAAGAAACUCCACUAUUCACCAAAAUGCAUCCUAUUCCCUGUGUGUUUUUCAAUCAGAUUAACUUGGCCAGCUGAUAAUUCUUAGCCAGAGAGCAAUGUUCCCCCUGAAUCCUGCCUCAUUUCUAGUAAAUACAUUUUCUUCACUGAAA